AUGUCGUGUUGGAGUCGUAAGAAAGUUUACAAGCCGUGUAAUGAUGGACAUCGUAAAAUUGUUAUUGUUGGUGAUAGCGAUUGUGGUAAGAAUUUCUGUUUUUUCCAUCUUUUUCAUGAAUUAAUACCAUGGACAUUCAAAGGUAAAUCUUGUUUAUUGCAAGCUAUUAAUGGACAAAAAUGGUCUGAUCCGUAUACUAGAACCUUCGUCGAUAGUUAUGUUGUUGAAAAAUUUAUCAAUGAACAAAAAUUUGAGCUGACUCUGCUUGAUACAAAUGGAUCAGAAGAAUACGAUCGACUUCGACCACUUUCAUAUCCAAUGACAGAUAUAUUUAUCAUGUGUUUUGCUAUCGACAAUCCUGAGAGUUUCAAAAACGUCUCUGAGAAAUGGUUACCCGAAUGUAAACAUUUUUGUCCACUUGCUUCGAUCGUUCUUGUUGGCAACAAAAAAGAUUUGCGAGAUGACCAGACAAUAGAAAAAGAACUAGUUCGAUACAAAGAGUGUCAAAAAAUGGCCAGAACGAUCGGUGCCGUUCACUAUGUGGAAUCUUCAGCAAAGACAGGAGAAGGUAUUUGUGAAAUAACAAAAUAUGCAGCAUGUUACACUUCGCAUAAACCUGCGAUAAAAUAA